AUGUAUGCGGCCGAGCAGGAGGCUGAUGGUCAUCCUGACCACCAGCUCAAGCUCAGGGUCAGGCUCAGGGUUGGGAGGUCAAGGGGCCAGUGGGGCUACUCAUCCUCACUGACCCCUGCAGAAGACUAUGACUGUCUGUCAGGUGGGGCUCCACCAGGCUCUGGUCCACAGUGAGAUGAGCGUCAUCCUCAUCCAGCUGGGGGACAUGGGGGAGGGGGGCUACACACGCCUGCCUCCCAGCCUGCAGCACCUGUUCCGCAAGAGCUCCCCUUUAAGGUGGCAUGAGGGAUGGCGAGUUUCAACGCUGCCCAACUCGAGUUUCGAGAAGAGAGUGCAUUACAUGAUUCCUGUGCCGCGCCACUCAACUAGUAUUGACAACCUGGUUAAUAUGACUUUUUUAUGAGAAUGAGGACUUGAAGUGCAGUUGGAUGUCUGGGAUUCUGUUAUAGAAGAGAACACCACAGGUUAGCUCUGAAAACUCCUCAUACAGGAUCAGUGCUGUGUAGAGAUGUGUCCGCUUCCAUAAUAACAUAUUGACUAAGGAAGAGGGGGAGUAUCACAUACUCUAAAUCAAUAGAAAAAAGUUCAUUAACCGACAUCUGAUAACCUUGACUGUCUACUUACAUAAGAAAAGGUGUCGACUAUUAUGAAAAUAAACUAAAGAGACAAGAUGGUGUACUGUAGGUUGCCCUUGAGUUUGUAAAGAGCUGCCUAUCAUUUACUCAUGACGUGCAAUAAAGAGAAAUACUGUCAUGUUUCUGUCCUUUCUGUCAGUCUUUAUUGAGGUCUGUGUGGAUUGUUUGGUUAGUGGCUGCACUGAUGUUGGUGUGCCAUAUGUUGCUGCUACUGCUGUAUCUAAUCAGGCCCCAUCUCCCAACCAUCUGUUUUCAUGACUCUUCUCUGGCACACACCUUCUCAUGUUACAAAGCCAUCCACACACACCUGGGGACAAGGUGAGCACGUAGACACACACACAAACACACACACACCUGCUUGACGAAUAUCUCAUUCCAAAAUCAUGGGCAUUAAUAUGGAGUUUGCUGUAUAAGAGCCUCCACUCUUCCGGGAAGACUUUCCACUAGAUGUUUGAACAUUGCUACGGGGACUUGCUUCCAUUCAGCCACAAGAGCAUUAGUGAGGUCGGGCACUAAUGUUGGAUUUGAUUAGAUAGAUCCAUGGCCUGCAUAGUUGGAUCGCAGUCGGCAUUCCAAUUCAUCCCAAAGGUUUUCGAUGGGCUUGAGGUCAGGGCUCUGUGGAGGCCAGUCAAGUUCUUCCACACCGAUCUCGACAAACCAUUUCUGUAUGGACCUCGCUUUGUGCACGGGGGCAUUGUCAUGCUGAAACAGGAAAGUGCCUUCCCCAAACUGUUGCCACAAAGUUGGAAGCACAGAGCUGUUGUUGCUCCUAGACGUUUCCACUUCACAAUAACAGCACUUGCAGUUGACGAACUGGCUUGUUGGAAAGGUGGCAUCCUAUGACGGUGCCAUGUUGAAAGUCACUGAGCUCUUCAGUAAGGCCAUUCUACUGCCAAUGUUUGUGGCUGAUUUUAUACACCUGUCAGCAAUGGGUGUGGCUGAAAUAGCUGAAUCCACUCAUUUAAAGGGGUGCCUACAUACUAGGCCCUACCCUAAUCUAUGGAUUUCACAAGACUGUUGGUCACAGAUACCUUAAAAAAAAGCUAGGUGUGUGGAUCAGAAAACCAGUCGACCUUUACCAAAUCAGAAAACCAGUCGACCUUUACCAAAUUCACAUAGAAAUGUGUGUUAUAGAUGUGUCAUUCUCAUUUAAAGCAAGUCAUAAAGCGGUAGAUCUGUUCUAAGUGCACCAUUUCUAUACGUCUUGUUCUUAAGUGUCGUUUUUGCGUCUUUUACUUUCAGUUUUGUACACCAGCUUCAGACAGCUGAAAAUACAAUAUUGUUGGUUAUGGAAAAUAUAUUUCACAGCAGUUUAGAUGGUACAAUGAUUCUCUACACUUUACUUGCUUGUUUUGCCACAUAAACUGAAAUUAGAAAAUUUUGCAACCAGGAAAUGGCGGAGCGAUUUCUGCAUAGUGCAUCUUUAAAAAACUAAAACAGAAAUAACAACAAGAAAUUAAGAAAUGUCAGAACAAAUCCAAUUAACAACCCAAAUACCACUAUAACAGUAGUCAAAAUGCAAUCUAUAUGUAACUAUACCGGAUGAAUUUACACAAUAUAUAUUAUUAAUUAUAUUAUGUACAUCAGUAGAUAUAUUAGAGUGAGCUAUGUCAAGAAUCCAGUAGGCUAUAUAAAUAAAUAUGCGGUGUGUAUAAACAGUGUAACUAAAAUGCAAUGUAUGUCACGCCCUGACUCUGGGGACUCUUAUUUGUUGAGUCAGGGUGUGAUUUUCUAUGUGGUAUAGAUCUAUGUUUUUAGUCUAGUAUGUCUAGAUCUAUGUUGGCCGGUGUGGUUCCCAAUCAGAGGCAGCUGUCGCUCGUUGUCUCUGAUUGGGGUCCAUACUUAGGCAGCCUAUUGGCACUAGUGGAUUGUGGGAUCUUGUUCUGUGUGAGGUAUGUUGUUUGUGUACCUUGGACCUUGGACUGACCCGUCUAUGAACGAACGUGACAGAAGAUCCCACCAAACAAGGACCAAGCAGCGUGCCCAGAAGGAGCAAACGCCGGGGAUUCAACGGGAGGUAACUUUAGUAGAUGUCCUCCUCGGUUGGGGGAAAAUUACUGAGGAGGAGGCCGUCCGUUAUCGGGAGGCGAUGAAGGGUGAUGCCCAGGUAGGAGAGGAGAAACGGCGCCAACAGUGCCAACGACGGAGACCCGAGAGGCAACCCCAAUAAUUUUUUUGGGGGGGCACACGGUGUGGACGACGAGGCAGCAGGAGGCCGUUAAAGGGCGGGUCUGCAGGUUAGGAGAGGAGGCCACCAUGUUACGGGGGCUAUUGGUUCAGAGGGAGCAGGAGUUAUUCGGUCAGAGGGAGGCGCUACAGGAGGCUAAAAGGGAGAAGGAAAGUGUAGAGGCACGGCGAGAGGAGCUGGUUAGGCAGCAGAAGUAGCGGGGGUUAAUAAAGGAACCCAGUCCCGCUCCUCGCACCAAGCAAGUGGUGCGUGUCGCCAGUCCGGUCCGGCCCGUUCCUGCUCCCCGCACUAAGCCAGUGGUGCGUGUUCCCAGUACGGCCCGACCCGUUCCUGCUCCUCGCACCAAACCAGUGGUGCGCGUUCCCAGCCCGGCCCGGCCUGUUCCUGCUCCUCGCACUAAGCCAGUGGUGCGUGUUCCCAGCCCGGUCCGGCCUGUUCCUGCUCCUCGCACCAAACCAGUGGUGCGUGUUCCCAGCCCGGCCCGGCCUGUUCCUGCUCCUCGCACCAAGCCAGUGGUGCGCGUCGCCAGCCCGGCCCGGCAUGUUCCUGCUCCUCGCACCAAGCCAGUGGUGCGCGUCGCCAGCCCGGUCCGGCCUGUUCCUGCUCCUCGCACCAAGCCAGUGUUGCGCGUCGCCAGCCCGGUCCGGCCCGUUCCUGCUCCCCGCACUAAGCCAGUGGUGCGUGUUCCCAGUACGGCCCGACCCGUUCCUGCUCCUCGCACCAAACCAGUGGUGCACGUUCCCAGCCCGGCCCGGCCUGUUCCUGCUCCUCGCACCAAGCCAGUGUUGCGUGUUCCCAGCCCGGUCCGGCCUGUUCCUGCUCCUCGCACCAAACCAGUGGUGCGUGUUCCCAGCCCGGCCCGGCCUGUUCCUGCUCCUCGCACCAAGCCAGUGGUGCGCGUCGCCAGCCCGGCCCGGCCUGUUCCUGCUCCUCGCACCAAGCCAGUGGUGCGCGUCGCCAGCCCGGUCCGGCCUGUUCCUGCUCCUCGCACCAAGCCAGUGUUGCGCGUCGCCAGCCCGGUCCGGCCCGUUCCUGCUCCCCGCACUAAGCCAGUGGUGCGUGUUCCCAGUACGGCCCGACCCGUUCCUGCUCCUCGCACCAAACCAGUGGUGCGCGUUCCCAGCCCGGCCCGGCCUGUUCCUGCUCCUCGCACUAAGCCAGUGGUGCGCGUCGCCAGCCCGGUCCAGCCUGUUCCUGCUCCUCGCACCAAACCAGUGGUGCGUGUUCCCAGCCCGGUCCGGCCUGUUCCUGCUCCUCGCACCAAACCAGUGGUGCGUGUUCCCAGCCCGGCCCAGCCUGUUCCUGCUCCUCGCACCAAGCCAGUGGUGCGCGUCGCCAGCCCGGCCCGGCCUGUUCCUGCUCCUCGCACCAAGCCAUUGGUGCGCGUCGCCAGCCCGGCCCGGCCUGUUCCCGCUCCUCGCACCAAGCCAGUGGUGCGUGUCGCCAGUCCGGCCCGGCCUGUUCCUCGCACCAAGGCAGUGGUGCACGUUCCUAGUCCGGUUCGGCCCGUGCCUGCUCCUCGCACCAGACCAGUGGUGAGUGUGUCCAGUCCGGCACGGCCCGUGCCCGUUCCACCGGUGCCUGGUCCGGCACCAGUCAGCAGCUCCAGUCUGGAGCCAGAGCAGUCCGCUCCACCGGUGCCUGAUCCAGCUCCGGUCAGCUGCUCCAGUCCGGAGCCAGAGCAGUCCACUCCACCGGGGUCCAGUCCAGCUCCGGUCAGCGGCUCCACUCCGGAGCCAGAGCAGUCCGCUCCACCGGUGCCUGAUCCAGCUCCGGUCAGCGGCUCCACUCCGGAGCCAGAGCAGUCCGCUCCACCGGGGUCUAGUCCAGAUCCGGUCAGCGGCUCCACUCCGGAGCCAGAGCAGUCCGCUCCACCGGUGCCUAGUCCAGCUCCGGUCAGCGGCUCCAGUCCGGAGCCUGAGGAGUCCGCUCCACCGGUGCCCGGUCCAGCUCCGGUCAGCGGCUCCAGUCCAGACCCAGACGUCAGCCCCUCUCCAGGUUCGGGGUCUCCCACACCAGGGUCCAGACAGGGCUUGGAGUAUAGUGGGAGGAAGGAGAGGGGAAGCAGCGCCGAGGUCCAGUCCAGACCAGGGGCGCAACAGGGAGGUGGAGAAUAGGUGGUUGUCACGCCCGGAGCCGGAUCCGCCUCCGAGGCGGAAUGCCCACCCGGCCCCUACCCUGUUAAGUAAAGGUUGUGCGGUCGGAGUCCGCACGUUUGGGGGGGGGGUACUGUCACGCCCUGACUCUGGGGACUCUUAUUUGUUGAGUCAGGGUGUGAUUUUCUAUGUGGUAUAGAUAAAUUUUUUUAGUCUAGUAUGUCUAGAUUUAUGUUGGCCAAUCAGAGGCAGCUGUCGCUCGUUGUCUCUGAUUGGGGACCAUACUUAGGCAGCCUAUUGGCACUAGUGGGUUGUGGGAUCUUGUUCCGUGUGAGGUAUGUUGUUUGUGUACCUUGGACUUAACGUUUCGUUUAGUUUGUUGUUUUGUCGUUGUUUAUUCGGUUCAAAUAAACAUGUAUGCAUAUCACGCUGCGCCUUGGUCUGACCCGUCUAUGACCGAACGUGACAAUGUACAGCAGUAGAAAUAUUAGAAUGAGCUAUGUCGAGAAUAGAGUAUAUAAAUACACAGUACAAAACCCCAUAUCAAAAUGGAAUUGCAGGAAAUUAGCUUCCGGAAUAUUAGAGUCCGGAAUAUAAAUAAUAUAUAGACUGAACAAAAAUAUAAUGGCAACGUAUAAAGUGUUGGUCCCAUGUUUCAUGAGCUGAAAUCAAAGAUCGCAGAUAUUUUCCAUACGUACAAAAAGCUUAUUUCUCAAAAAUGUUGUGUACAAAUUUGUUUACAUCCCUGUUGGUGAGCAUUUUUCCUUUGCCAAGAUAAUCCAUCCAAUUGACAGGUGUGACAUAUCAAGAAGCUGAUUAAACAGCAUGAUUAUGACACAGGUGCACCUUGUGCUGGGGACAAAAGGCCACUCUAAAAUGUGCAGUUUUGUCACACAACAAAAUGCCACAGAUGUCUCAGGUUUUGAGAGAGUGUGCAAUUGGCAUGCUGACUUCAGGAAUGUCCACUAGAGCUGUUGCCAGAUAAUUUAAUGUUCAGUUCUCUACCAUAAGCAGUACGUCCAAUGGCCUCACAACAACAGACCACGUAUAACCACGCCAGCCCAGGACCUCCACAUCCGACUUCUACACCUGCGGGAUUGUUUGAGACCAGCCAUCAGCCUGACAGCUGAUGAAACUGAGGAGUAUUUCUGUCUGUAAUAAAGCCCUUUUGUGGGGUAAAACUCAUUCUGAUUGGCUGGGCCUGGCUCCCCAGUGGGUAGGCCUGGCUCCCAAGUGGGUGGGCCUACGCCCUCCCAAGGCUGCACUCCUGCCCAGUCAUGUGAAAUCCAUAAAUUAGGGCCUAAUGAAUUUAUUUAAAUUGACUGAUUUCCUUAUAUGAACUGUAACUCAGUAAAAUCAUUGAAAUUGUUGCAUGUUGCGUUUAUAUUUUUGUUCAGUAUAUGUAUGUGACUGAGGAGGUUGGUGUCACCUUAAUUGUGGAGGACUGGCUCGUGGUAAUGGCUGGAGCGGAAUGGGUGGAAUAGUAUCAAUACAUCAAACACAUGGUUUGAAUGUGUUUAAUGCCAUUCCAUUUGCUCCGUUCUAUCCAUUAUUAUGAGUCGUCCUCCCCUCAGCAGCCUCCACUUGUAUGUGAAUGGUGUGUAUAAACAAUACGGACAGUAUGUGAAUAGAAAAGGUGUGUAUAGCAGUGAGCCAUGACUAUAAUACAGUAUAUACAUAUAAAGUGGGUAAACCAGUAUGUUAACAUGAUUAAAGUGACCAGUGUUCAAUGACUGUAUACAUAGGGAAGCGAUCUCUAAGGCGCAGGGUAGAGAAGAGGGUGGUAGCCGGCUAGUGACAGUGUCUGAGGUUCAGAGCAGGGUAUUAGGCGGAGGCCAAAAGAAGCCUAUUUUUAUUCUCAGCUUCUUCACUAACUCAUCAAUAUGCUUUCUAAAAGACAGCCCGUCAUCUAUCCAGAUGCCAAGAUAUUUGCAAGCAGGGACGCGAUCUAAUUGGGCACCAUCCAAAGUACAAAUGCUUAAAUCAUUUUAGUCCUUUUUACGCGCACUAGAAAACAAUAUAUACUUAGUUUUACCCGCAUUCAAUACUAGUUUGUGGUCAAUAAAGGUUUUCUGUGCAAAAUAUGUUUUUAUUCAACUCAUUGAUUGAUUACUGUUUUAUAGGUGCAUCAAGGCCAGUUUUGGAUUGUUGAAUCACAGCCAAAAUCAGCUAAUGGUUUCUGUUGAAAGAUGUCAUCAUCCAAACGGUCUAUCUAAGCAGCAUAAGUCUGGAACAGUUGUUUUAGGGUUGUCACCACUCUCUCAUCAUCCAACAACCUCUGCUUGAAAGACAUCAAUUUCUCAGUCAUCAAGAUGAACAUAGUUGUGGCUGCUGUACAUGUGUAUGUUUUUACAUGUUUCUCUGCAUGUUCCCAUGUGCUCUUUCCCUUAGUCUCUAGUGGGACCCAGACAUGACCAUGGCCCCCUGGGCUGGACCGUGUGUGUGUGUGUGUGUGUGUGUGUGUGUGCACGUGUCGGCAGAAGCCAGCACACUCCCAUUCAGAGGGGAGAGGGUGGGUGUUUAGGGGUAGUGAUGGUGAUGAUGUUUGGCCUAACAGCUGGCACGGGGCCAUAGGAGACCUGCUCCCCGGCUUUGUUCCCCUCUGGCCCCGGUGACAUGGCACUCGCCCUGCUGUCCCCCCACUGCCUCCCCUCUCCUCCUCCUCCACACCCCUCUCUCUGGACCCCCUGAACCCAACAAACCGCUGUCCAAACCCCACCCUUUCAGGGGCAAGGCCAGCAGGGGCCAAUCCAUCACGACUUAA